GCCGCAGCCCCAUGUCCGCGCUCCCCACCGGUGCCGACAUCAAGAGGGCUCUGGAGAACAGCCCCGAGACCAACAUCGAGGAUGAGCUGCCCGACGGGCCGCCGCAGCCGCGGCCCAAGAGCUACCUGCUCCUCAGCAUCCUCGCCUGCUUCUGUCCCGCUUAUCCUGUCAACAUCGUCGCCUUCGUCUUCGCCGUCAUGGCUUUAAACAGUUAUAAUCAAGGAGAUAUAGAAGGGUCAAAAAGACUGGGUCGCAAUGCGCUGUGGGUUGCUGUUGCAUCAAUUAUCAUUGGCCUUGUCAUCAUUGGAAUCUACUGCGUAGUUCAUUUCACAACGCAUGCUAUUUGAAGACCAGGACUGCACUUGGAGGAUAUCAUCAUGUAAAUCUCAGGAGGGGAAAAAGAAGAGAAGGAAACCCUUCAUUCCAGACUGUUAGAUUUGACCCUACAAGUCUGCAGAGGCAUGUUGCUGGUGGAUGAACUGAUAGUCCAGUUAGUUAAUCGGCAUGGCGUGACCAGGUUUUCAAAAUUAUUUAUUUAUAAGGAAUCUCAGUAUAAAGCAGCAUUUUCUCUUUUACCCUAAUGUAUAAUGAGAUCUUGCCCUAACAACUCCAUUUUCUUUCUCAUUUACAUGGAAUGUAUGCUGGAUCCACGAUGUUCCCUGGCUGACCCUAGCCAGACAAAGCCAACUUAUCUAGACUGUUUAUAGUGCACAGUGUAAGAUUUGAUGCACAGCCUGCUGAAGCUAGUAGAAGAACUCCUGUUGCCUUCAGUGGGUUUUGGAUCAGGCCAUUAAGGAUGUUUUUUUAUUUCUUUA